CGCCAUGUCGCUAGUGGUUGGCGGGGGGAUGCCGCAAGAUGGACGCCGAACCUGAUUGUGCACCUGUCCCGCCAGCACGUGUUACAGCUGUGCAUCGAGUUAGUCGUCGUAAAUAAGCCGCACUGGGGUCAGGUAGUCUGGACAGAAGAUAGUUUGCUGGACGAGAGGAACGCUCAGCAGUCCGUUCAGGUAGACGUUCCUUGGACAUCGUUGGACGAAAGAAUGUCGAUACAUCGGUUGUGAACCGCCUGGAUCUGCUGGUGAUCAACUCCACGAAUCGAUUAUUAACCGGAGAUCAAUUUCUUCUUUGAUAUCAAUCACGUGAUGGCGAGAUCUGUCUAUCAAUGCUGCUAGAUAAUUUCCCCUUCCCAUCGGACUAAAUAAAACCCUCCAAUUUCCAUCAUAAAAAUCCCGACAGGGAGUCGACCCUGGACGAGUCACGCCGUCACGUCAAAUCACGUGUAUUAUCAUAAUCCCCUCCCUAAAUCCGCCCAGAUCGUCAGACCAAUAUGGACGUCAUCACCUAUAAUCACCACGAGCUAUCUCAACCCAUUCCUACCGACGAAACUGAGGACGAUCUCGAGCAGGACUACGAGAAAGACGAGCAAGAUGAACUGCCAUUUCUCAACAAUUCAAACCGAAUAAUUCCGGAUUCAGAAUCAAGCGAGGAAAACACUUGCGUUUCACCACUACGCAGAAGUCUAUUUCCAAAUGUGCCACCUUAUAUAAUCUUUCAAUCAUACGAUUCCAAGGAUCACAAUCUGCCAAUUAGUGUGACAAAACACUUGAAGUGGAAGUUAAGUACAAUCACACCAGUGUUGGUCCGACGAACAGUUGUGAAUUCCGGUUUUCGUCUAGUGAAGAAAUCCCAGGAUUGGACAGGCACUUGGGGAAAGCACAUGAAGUCCAACUGCUUCAAGUCCCUGAGAGAAACCCAAAAGGUUAAUCAUUUCCCAGGUACCUUUCACAUAGGCCGCAAGGACAGAUUAUGGAGGAACUUGAGUAGAUUGAUGUCCAAACACGGCAGGAAGGAGUUCGGCUUCGUUCCGCGUACUUACGUUCUUCCCCAGGAUCUCCGGAGCUUUCGUCAAGUCUGGGAGAAAACCGGGGGAAAGGAGAAGUGGAUCAUCAAGCCACCAGCAUCAGCAAGGGGGACAGGCAUCAGGGUGGUUCACCGCUGGUCCCAAAUCCCCAAGAAACGUCCCAUCAUCGUCCAGCAAUACCUGUCCAAGCCACUGUUGAUCGGUGGCGCCAAGUUUGACCUUCGAUUGUAUGUCCUCGUCACAAGCUUCAAUCCACUCCGGGUCUAUCUCUACCCCGACGGCCUCGUGAGAUUCGCCUCCGUCAAGUACAACGAUGACAUCAAUUACCUCAGCGAUCGACUCAUGCAUCUUACUAAUUACAGUAUUAAUAAGACAUCAGCUAGUUACACGAGUAAUGAGUGCGCUGAUUCCUGUAUCGGUCACAAGUGGACCAUCAAGACAUUCAUGACGUACUUGGAGAAGGAAGGGGUUAACACAAAAAAACUUUGGAACUCGGUGAAGGAUAUUGUUGUGAAGACGAUGAUUGCUGGUGAGCCACCAAUUAAUACACUCACCAGGACCAAUACAACGACUCGAUACAGUUGCUUUGAACUAUUUGGAGUUGAUAUUCUUCUUGAUGAGAACUUGAAGCCUUGGCUGCUGGAAGUCAAUAUUUCACCUUCACUGCAGUCAUCUUCAGCUCUUGAUGUUGCUGUCAAGGGACCACUCGUGAAGAACCUCUUCAACAUCGUGGGAUAUCAACUGCCCGUUGAUCUACCUCGCAAAGAAGCAGCUACACUCGCCAAAACUUAUGAUUAUGAUUCAGUGUGUCAGGAUGUGAGACUGGGCAAGAUGAUGUUGAGCAAUCAGGAGAAGCAGAAGCAAGCUCUCUAUGUCAAUCUCGAUCGAGAGGAUUAUCUUGAGGAUAUCCUGGAGGAUCUCACUCCGGAUGACGUGAGACAUCUCAUUGCUCAUGAGGAUGAGGUUUCCCAGACCGACAGGUUUGAAAGGGUUUUUCCCACUAAUGACACCGCUGGAUAUCUUGACUUCUUCGAUGUUCCCAGGUACUACAAUCUCUUGCUCGAUGCGUGGGAGACGAAGUACGGUGAUAACAGGGAAAAGGGCAUUGAAGUACUGAGGAAACUGUGUGACAACAAAGUUCAUCUCGAAAAUACUGCCUAGACUUUUUUAUCUACUCUGAUUGAGUGACAAUUUUCGCAAGACUUGGAGCUAAACUGUGUUCAAAUUUCUAGAGUUGAGAUGAUGCAGGGGGAGGGAAUUUUCGAAGCGGGGAGGUUUUUUUUAUUUAUACCGCUAAGAGUGCCUUCUAGAAUUAUUUCAAUUUGAUAUUGUAUGGAACAUUGACUAAUAAACGAUGAAUUUUUCACUGAGA